UUUGGGAGAAGUAUUCUCCGUGGUGGUUUUAUUAUUAUUAUUAUUAUGCCCUUUAAAGGGAGACCUUGAGCUUAACCAUAUUCUUCUUUUGUUUUGUUUUCAUCAUCUGGAACAGUGCUGCCAUGUGUGCUCUUGUAGAAGCAUGAUAUCCCAGAAGUAGUGUUCCUGGACCUGUGAUGAGGACCUACGAUCUUUGAUGUCAAAGGAUAGAGUUUUCUGGGGAAGAGAGAAAAUGAAUCUUUCCUUGUUUCUGGGUUUUGGACGUUCUCAUCUAGCCUACUACUGGAAUAGAAGUAUACCUUUCAAUUCAACGAAUGAGACGUACUGCUACAGCACAGCCCGGGGCAGCACGGUGCUCCAGGGAGUAACUUUUGGUGGAAUCCCAACUGUCCUGCUGCUUGAUAUAACCUGCUUUGUUGUUUUCAUGUUUUUGUUUUCAACUAUAAGAAAGAGAUUCUGGGACUAUGGUCGUGUUGCUCUGGUGUCAGAAACUGAAAGUGAAUUGAGAUACAACCGGUUGUCAGUAUCUUCGUUGGUACCUGAAGCUCUUGAAUAUGACAGCGGGUUCUGUUCUUGGAUGACAGCUGCUUUUCGGAUGCAUGAUGAUGAGAUUCAUGACAGAUGUGGUGAAGAUGCCAUACAUUACCUUGCCUUCCAGCGUCACAUCAUCUGUUUGUUGAUUGCUGUCAGCGUUUUGUCUGUGGGUGUCAUAUUGCCUGUCAACUUAUCAGGUGAUCUACUUGUUAAAGAUCCCUAUAGUUUUGGAAGAACAACUAUACAAAACUUAGAAACUGGUAAUAAUCUUCUUUGGCUGCACACGUUUUUUGCUGUUGUUUACCUGAUUCUGACUGUUGUCUUCAUGAGACAUCACAUGAAGGCAGUCACAUAUAAAGAAGAAAACAUAGUUAAGUGCACGUUGUUUAUAACUGGUCUUCCAAAAAAUGCAAACCAAGAGGCCAUACAAAGUCAUUUCAUUGCUGCCUACCCAACCUGCACUGUGCUGGAGGUCCAGCUGUGCUAUGAUGUAGCCAGACUUAUUUAUCUAUUUAAAAAAAGGAAACAGGCAGAAAAAAGCCUGACUUACUACCAGCAUCUGCAUCAGAAGCACGGCAAGCGGGUCCAAAUCAACCCUAAGCCAUGUGGUCAAUUCUGCUGUUGUGAAAUGAGAGGAUGUGAAAGGGAGGAUGCUGUCGAUUAUUAUACUAGAGUUACAAAUGAACUGAUGGAAGAAUUCUCAAAGGAGGAACAAGCUGUUCAAAAUAAACCACUGGGAAUGGCAUUUGUAACAUUUCAAGAGAAAUCCAUGGCAACCUACAUCCUUAAGGACUUCAAUGCCUGCAAAUGUGAGGGUAUUAAUUGUAAAGGAGAACCACAGCCAUCAUCCUACAGCAAGGAGCUGUGCAUAUCAAACUGGAAGGUUAAAUAUGCUCCAUAUCCUGAGAAUAUAUGUUGGAAUAAUCUUUCGGUGCGUGGUCUGAAAUGGUGGUUUAGAUGGUUUUGCAUUAAUUUGUUUCUUUUUAUUGUGCUGUUUUUUCUUACCACUCCAUCCAUAAUCAUUUCAACCAUGGACAAGUUCAAUGUCACUAAACCUAUUCACUACCUUAAUAAUCCCAUCAUCAGUCAAUUUUUCCCAACACUCUUGCUUUGGUCCUUCUCAGCUUUGCUACCAACAAUUGUCUAUUACUCAACGUUGCUGGAGUCCCACUGGACAAAAUCUGCAGAGAACAGAAUAAUGAUGCAUAAAGUCUACAUAUUUCUGAUCUUCAUGGUAUUGAUUCUGCCUUCCCUUGGUCUGACCAGUCUUGAUUUUUUCUUCCGUUGGCUGUUUGACAGAGAAUCAUCUGAUUCCUCCAUUAGGCUGGAAUGUGUCUUUUUGCCUGACCAGGGAGCAUUCUUUGUGAACUAUGUGAUUGCCUCUGCUUUCAUUGGCAAUGGGAUGGAGCUGCUGCGCCUGCCUGGCCUCAUCCUUUAUACCAUACGCAUGAUAAUGGCCAAGUCCACAGCAGAAAGAAAAAAUAUUAAACAGCAACAAGCAUUUGAAUAUGAAUUUGGAGCGAUGUACGCAUGGAUGUUGUGUGUGUUCACUGUCGUCAUGGCCUAUAGCAUUACGUGCCCCAUCAUUGUCCCGUUUGGGUUAAUAUAUAUACUCCUGAAGCACAUGGUUGACCGCUACAACCUUUACUAUGCAUAUCUCCCUGCCAAGCUGGAAAAGAAGAUGCACUUUGCAGCAGUGAAUCAGGCCCUUGCCGCUCCAAUUCUCUGCCUUUUAUGGCUCUAUUUUUUCUCAUUUUUGCGACUGGGCUUUAUAGCACCUACAAGCAUGUUUACCUUCCUGGUUGUCAACAUCACAAUUGCUAUUUGCGUGGCUUAUUCUUGUUUUGGCUGUUUCAAGCAUCUGAUCCCGCUGAAUUAUAAGAUAGAAGAUGUGCAAUGCGAAAGCGGAAACAACACAGAUGUACGAACUGUCCCAGCGUCUUCUGUAAGAAAUGUACAUCCCCCGAGUUUUGCAUCCUCAUUCUACAGAAAGGACGAUGCUUGCCCAAAAGGAGCAGCCAUCAUAUGGCACCAUGGACAACAGUAGUUCAUAGGCAGAAGGUACAAGGUUUUCUGCCCAACCAGCAGUUAUCAAGGAGGGAGUGGAAGGCUUUUUCUGAAUACUGAGGACUAACACAAGAUGGAGCACUUGGUCCAGCAUUAGAAGAACUAAUUCCACACCACUGCCUACUAAGUAUUCUGAUAUUUUUUUUUUACGUAUUCCUGCCUACAGAAGAGGUAUAGAAAUAAUUCAUUGUGUGGUCUGCAGCUGUGCUUGGAGAUCAAAAAGCAGAUGCCUUGGGACUGAUUGUUUUCCAGGCUGUCUACACACGUUGUUCAACAUGUUUGUUUCACAGAGUUGCUGAUCCUCAGGGACUUCAUGUCUGCUAUCUCAUUGCUUGCCUUAUGAAGAUAACUUAUGCUGCAUAUAGAUAACUGAUCACCAAAGCAAACGUAGCUCUUUAUUAUCAACUGUCGUUUAUUUAUUCAAAAAGAUUCUUAUUAAAAAGAAAAUCUUUAGUAUUUAUAAAUUCCUUGGUAUGUGCUAUAUCCUGAAGCAGUGGCACUUUUUUGAUGAAAAUACUGUUUGUGUGGGAGUAGAGGAUGGUGUGUGGGAAUCUCUCCUCUCUUUUCACCUGAAGCACGUUACUUUUUUUCCUUAAGUAAUGAGAUGAGGGAGUUACUGUGCACUUGGACACUAAGAGUGCCAAAGCACAAAAAAAAUAAAGUCUAGUUUAAGAAAGGAGUGAGUUACCUGAUAGAGUUUUUAUUUAUUUUUGGAGGGCACUUAGGUUGCUAUUUUUUGUUCACUGUUUUUAAGGGCCUUCCACAAUGAAUGUUUACUUGCCAACAAUAAAGGGUGUAAAUAUUUUAUCUUUCUUUUAAUCUUGGGUCAAAAUGACAAAUCUCUGGGUUUUCUCUAUAGUGCCAAUAUAUGAGCUGUAAGAUACGAAGUUUUUAAAUUAUGUAGUAGGCGCCAAUUUAUUCCAAAGUACAUUGUGUCAAAGUACGACUAAUAAUCACAAAGCAAUAAAACAGUUCAGAAGUUUCA